GAAAAAAAAAAUCCAAAAAAUGGAGAAAUCGCCGUUGAUCGCACUUCUCCUUCUCUCAUUGGUCGGUAAUCUCGGCGUUUAUGCACUGUACGGACCUUCGUCCCCUGUUGUUCAGCUAAAUCCUAACAAUUUCAAGUCCAAGGUACUCAAUUCGAAUGGUAUAGUUUUAGUUGAGUUUUUCGCACCAUGGUGUGGUCAUUGUAAAGCCCUGACACCCGCAUGGGAGAAGGCGGCUACUGUCUUGAAAGGUGUGGCAACUGUGGCGGCUUUAGAUGCCGAUGCUCACCAAUCACUAGCUCAGGAAUAUGGGAUUAAAGGAUUUCCUACCAUCAAGGUCUUUGCACCAGGAAAACCCCCUGCAGAUUAUCAAGGAGCUAGAGAUGCCAAGCCUAUUGUUGAAUUUGCGUUGAAACAGGUCAAAACCCUCCUGAAAGAACGUCUGGAUGGGAAAUCAGGAGGAGGAUCAAGUCAGAAAUCAGAACCAAGUGCAUCAGUGGAACUGAACUCACGCAACUUUGAUGAAUUGGUACUCAAAAGCAAGGAACUAUGGGUUGUGGAGUUCUUUGCUCCUUGGUGUGGUCACUGCAAGAAGCUUGCUCCUGAAUGGAAGAAGGUAGCUAACAGUCUCAAGGGUCAGGUGAAGUUGGGCCAUGUUGACUGUGAUGCAGAUAAGUCUUUGAUGAGCAGGUAUAAUGUCCAAGGUUUUCCUACUAUCAUGGUGUUUGGAGCUGACAAAGACAGCCCCGUUCCAUAUGAAGGUGCAAGAACUGCAUCGGCAAUUGAAUCUUUCGCUCUGGAGCAGCUGGAAGCAAAUGCUGCCCCUCCUGAAGUGACUGAAUUGACUAGCCCAGACGUUAUGGAAGAGAAGUGUGGCUCAGCCGCCAUCUGCUUCGUAGCCUUCCUCCCCGACAUAUUGGACUCGAAGGCGGAGGGUAGAAACAGAUACCUCGAGAUUAUGCUAUCGGUUGCAGAGAAGUUUAGAAAGAGUCCUUACAGUUUUCUCUGGGCUGCUGCGGGGAAGCAGCCCAAUCUUGAGCAGCACGUUGGAGUUGGAGGCUACGGUUAUCCAGCUCUAGUGGCACUCAACUUGAAGAAGAAAGCCUACGCCCCACUCAAGAGCGCAUUUGAACGUGACCAGAUAUCAGAGUUUGUCAAAGAAGCCGGACGAGGCGGAAAGGGCACUCUGCCGCUGGCCGCUGACCCGGAGCUCGUGAAGACCGAACCGUGGGACGGCAAAGACGGCGAGAUAAUCGAGGAAGACGAGUUCUCGCUAGAAGAACUCAUGGGAGAGGACACUGCUAGCAAAGAUGAGCUUUAGUUCAAUUCUUUUAAGCUUCUGAGAGAAACAAGAAAUCUCUUAAUUAGAAAACAGUUUUGAUGUUACAGAGUAGUAUUAUUUUUGGUUUAUAAAUGAAUGUUUGAUCUAUGUCGUUUGUUGAAAUUUAAAUUACUUACACGUACGAUUCCGAGUUUAUAAACUGAGAAAUGAUUUUUCUGAA